CGGCCUCAUGGGGGCGGUGUUGCCACGUCCAGUCAAAACCGGUCAAUAACCGCUUUUACAGGAAUCUGACCAGAAUGUAAACAUUGUUCGGGACCAGGCGACGAGUUUCGGGGCUACAGUUGCCGGAUUAGCGACCGUCAUGGCUUCCAGCAGAGGAACGGACCUGUUUAAGUGACCGAACUCCGCGGGUUUGACGAGAACCGUCUCCAGUCUAGCUGUCGAGUCACCAUCAUGACCAAGGACAUCGUUGUCGGAGAUGAAUUGCCGGACUGGGUGGGAGCCAAGGAGUUCUACCAGAAGUACGACCCCAAAGAGGUGAUCGGCCGCGGCGUGAGCAGCGUGGUGAGGAGAUGCGUGCACAGACACACGGGCCAGGAGCUGGCCGUGAAGAUCAUCGAGAUCACGGCGGAGAAGAUGACCGUGCAGCAGCUGGAGGAGGUGAAGACCUCCACCCUGAAGGAGAUCCAGGUCCUCAACAUGGUGAAGGGACACUCCUCCAUCAUUACCCUCAUUGAUUCCUACGAGUCCACAACGUUCAUAUUUUUAGUGUUUGACCUCAUGAGGAGAGGAGAGCUGUUUGACUACCUCACAGAAAAAGUUACUCUGAGUGAGAAGGAGACCAGGAGCAUAAUGCGAGCUCUGGUGGAGGCCGUGCAGUACCUGCACUCCCUCAACAUCGUCCACCGGGACCUGAAGCCGGAGAACAUCCUCCUGGACGACCACGGCCACAUCAAACUCUCCGACUUCGGGUUCUCGGUGCAGCUCCAGCCUGGAGAGAAGCUCAGAGAGCUCUGUGGCACGCCUGGUUAUUUGGCCCCUGAAAUCCUGAAAUGCUCCAUGGAUGAGAUGCAUCCAGGCUACGGCAAGGAGGUGGACCUCUGGGCCUGCGGCGUCAUCCUCUUCACGCUGCUGGCCGGCUCGCCUCCGUUCUGGCACCGCAAACAGAUGCUGAUGCUGAGGAUGAUCAUGGAGGGCCGCUAUCAGUUCAGCUCACCGGAGUGGGACGACAGAUCCGACACGGUGAAAGACCUGAUAUCCAGGCUGCUGGUGGUAGAUCCGGCUGCCAGGCUCACUGCAGAGCAAGCUUUAGCUCAUCCCUUCUUCAGGCUGUACCAGAAGGAGGACGUCCGUCUCUUCAGUCCCAGGAAGACGUUUAGGGUUCUGAUCGUGAGCGUCCUGGCUUGUAUCCGGAUGUACAGCCGGUACCGCAGGGCCCGGCCCCUCACCCGGGACGUGCUGGCCAGGGACCCCUACUCCCUCCGCGGCGUCCGCAAGCUCAUCGACGGCUGCGCCUUCCGCAUCUACGGCCACUGGGUGAAGAAGGGCGAGCAGCAGAACCGGGCGGCGCUGUUCCAGAACACGGCCAAGACGGUGCUGCUGGGCCUGGAGGACUUUGAGACGUAAAAACUGCUUCCAGCUAAUUCCUGAGCCUGUUGCGUUUUAUUUUAUUUUAUUUUAUUUAACCGUGUGCAUGUGCUGUCACAUGGUGUCAGUAUUGGUCCUGCCGUGUUACUGUUUAAUUCUGAUAUGUGCAAUUCAGGGGAUCAGGAAAUAUCGUGUGCCUUAACGCACACGCAGGCACGUUGUGAGUUCAAGAUGUGUUGAUAUUCCUUAUCUGUGUGUUGAUCCAUGAUUGUGACUGUUUUUUUUUUUGUUGUUGUUAGUGCAACGCACUUUGUAGCGGAGGACUCAUUGCACAAUAAUCCGAUCAGACUUGUAUAAGUACACUGUGUAUAUUUAGACUUUUAACUGCUAAUCGUCUCUUUUAACGAUGCAUUUCCAAGCGCUGCACGAGUACGUCGGAAAGGAAAGCAAUCAGAUUAGUUAUUUUUAUAGGUAUAGAUGUUGUUUUAAUGCUCUUCCAGGGUUGAAUAUCAGAACUACAGGAUGUGUUUGAAACAUUGGAGAUACUUGGAGGGUGAACCUGUAGUGGUGACGCAUGCAUUCCUCCAGAAAAUAACCACUCACUGAUUGUAAAAAGUGGGAGCAGCGUUUCCCGCUCAGCUCCCUCUCUGCUCUAAGUAACAUUUCCAUGUUAAGUGCCUGAUAGUGAAACAUACGGCAGGUGAAGGAGAGCAGAGCUGCAGCGUACUGUAUGUGCAUUGAAAUGUUUUACUGACAAUAAAACAGACGUUUGCAUUGUCUUAUUUAACAUUAA